UUAGUUACAGAAGAAGGUGAUGGCACCGGUGGGAUUACCUCCCGGCUUUAGGUUUCAUCCCACCGACGAAGAGCUCGUCAAUUAUUAUCUCAAGAGAAAAAUAAACGGUCUAGAAAUUGAGCUCGACAUUAUUCCUGAGGUUGAUCUUUACAAAUGUGAGCCAUGGGAGUUGGCAGAGAAAUCAUUUUUGCCGAGUAGAGAUCCGGAGUGGUACUUUUUUGGACCCAGAGAUAGAAAAUAUCCAAAUGGGUUUAGGACGAACAGAGCCACACGAGCAGGGUACUGGAAAUCUACAGGAAAAGAUCGUAGGGUGACAUCCCAGAAUCGACCCAUUGGGAUGAAGAAAACUUUGGUUUAUUACAGAGGUCGGGCUCCUCAAGGGAUUAGGACAGAUUGGGUGAUGCAUGAAUAUCGUCUUGAUGAUAAAGACUGUGAGGAUACCUCUGGAAUCCAGGAUUCUUAUGCGCUUUGUCGAGUGUUCAAAAAAAAUGGAAUUUGCUCCGACACAGAAGAUCAACAGCAAGCACAAUGUAGUUUGUUAAUGAUGGAUAGUCCACAAGGCGUGAUCAAUAACAAUAACAAUAGUAAUAUUGAAUAUGAAACGACGUCCCCUGAUGUUCCUAUAGCAUCAUCGUCAUACAUAGACGAGGAUGAUAAAGAUGAUUCAUGGAUGCAAUUCAUCACAGACGAUGCAUGGUGUUCUUCUAGCACUGGAUUAAUGGGAGUUGAAGAAGUUUCUCAACACGUGGCUUUUACAAAUUAAUUGAAACUCAAAGUUUGAUUAAAAUCAUCAAUAACAUAGGUUUUGCAUUAUCUAUAUAUACAUAUAUAAACAAAUAUUGUUACAAUAAAGAAGUGGGAAUAUCAUAAAAGUGGUGUUUGUAAUAUUGAUUACAUUUGGUUCUAAUUAGUAGGUUAGUUAUCACUAGCUAGUUUUGCUUCUUUUAACACUGGUUUGUUUGGAGGACUAGAGCCAUUUUAUCAUAUGGCUCCAUGAGUUUUUACUCUCAU